AUGGUAGGAGAAAACAGGGUGAAGCGGCGAAGCCGUCGCUCAGCCAAGAAAUCAGCUAGCCAACCUGGCGUGACUCCGACCGCCGCCAACUCCGAAGCUCAAGCCGUCGCAAUGCCCGAAGCUGAGGUCGCCUCGCAGUCCGGAGCUCAUCUAGUCGCACAGCGCACCACUGAACCAGUCGCAGAGACCGCUACUCAGCUCAAUGCUCAGACCGAUACGGACCCCCGCCCUCAGCCCUCAUCCCAGCCCGGUGUUCAAGCGGACGUCCAUCCCUGUGUUCAACACGAAGUUAAGCCUGGUGUUCAGCCCGGUGGCCUGCUCAGUGGCGAAUCGGAUGCCGAUACCAGUGCCCAGCGAACAGUCCUGCCGAUGUCACCGAUAUCACCGAUGUCACCUGAUGGUCCAAAAGAGCCGGGUGCUGCCACAACCACCGCUUCCACGGUACUAACAUCUCCACUGGAUCAUAUCCUCAUUUUCGGCCAUGGUCGAUUCCAGAAGCUCGUCCUUCUUUGUACUACACUGGCCAUCUUCUCAGCCAUCACGCAUGGGACGGCAACCGCCGGUCUGGCGCGUCCGAUCGACCACUGGUGCAGGUUGCCACAUGAAUACGCUGAUAUUCCUAGUGCAACGUGGAAGAACACUAGCAUUCCGCUUGAGGCCGAUGGCAAGACACGCAGUGAAUGCCUGCGGUAUGAGCCUCUACACUCUGUUUCGGACGGGCACGACAUUGAAAACCGCACAGUCAUUCCCUGUGAUGCUGGUUGGGAAUACGACAAGGCCGACAAAACAGGAAUCGGCGCAUACUCUAUCGUCAGCGAGUGGGACCUAGUCUGUGAGCGUCGCUGGAUUCUGACUUUGUUGAUGGCGUCUUACGUCUUCGGAGGUAUUCUGGGAGCUGCUACGGCGGGAGUCACUGCCGAUAACAUCGGACGGCGUCCAGUGCUACGCAUCUGGCUUUUUUUUCUUGUAGUAUCUGGCAUUGCGCUUAUAUUUUCCAAAACUCUCAUGAUGUUCGCCAUUCUUCGUGCCGUCCUAGCUGCAGCGGUCUCCAGCGUCCUCGUCACAUCCAUCGUAAUCCUGUUCGAGGUCACCAGCACGCCACAUCGAGCCCUUUUCAUGAGCCUCGCCGUAGCCGGUGCUUCGCUCAUUGCAGCAUUCUACGGUGAGCUGGUAUACUAUCUGGCCCCAGCAUGGCAAAUCGAACAGCUGGCUUACAUGGCGCCAACUAGUGUUCUAAUCAUGGCGGUCUACCUGAUGGACGAGUCCCCAUGCUGGCUUUUGGCAGUCUCCAAUAUGCGGCGCGCGGACAGUGUGCUAGCCUGGGCCGCACAAGUGAACAAGGUUCAGCCAGAUGUCUUCAAGAACCGCCUCGUCGAGUUGAAGAUGGAACUGAAAAGGCAGCAAGAACAACCUGAACCAGGGGCUCUUGAUAUCCUUUCGCAGGAACAUGGCAUUCGCGUCACAGACGUGUUGAGAAGUGGGACCCUGCGUUAUCGAUCGGCGAUCCUUUUCGGCUGCUCGUUCGUAUCAUUCGCCAUGUACUUCAACCUCUCAACGGGGGAAGUGAUGCGCACUAAUCCCAUGGCGCGCACGGUCCUGGCUGUCCUCAAGUUGCCAGGAAUGAUGAUUAACGUGCCUGUCAUCACGCACGCUGGUAGGCGAAUGUCACUGGCGUUCAGUAUGAUAGUCAUGUCCGCGAUUGCAUUGAUGCUGUCCGGAGCCCACGUAUUCCACGCUCCCGAAGUGCUCCUUGCCACCGUCACAGUCUCCUCGCUGCUGGCGUUCGACCUCUGUGCCAUCACGUUGUUCAUCAUGUCGGCUGAGCUGUAUCCCACCGUGGUCCGUGGCGCCGGCGUCGGGUUGUGUUACACUUUCAGCCUCGUGGGUUCCGCAGUGGCUCCGUUGGUUGACGAAAUCAAGUCGGACGGGCUGAAAGGCGCAGUAUACGCUGUCGAGGCAAUGUUCCUGCUGUUUUUCGGUGCAAUGGCAAUGCUGUUACCUGAGACGACGAAGCUGCUGCCGGCCAACACAAUACGCGAGUUGUCGACCAACAAGUGGCAACUGCAGACGCCCCUCAGGGUAGCGCGCUUCAGCAAGCGUAAGCGUCCCAAGAGCGAGGACCAUGACCGUAGCAAAAUUCGCUCGAGGCCUGCAAAUGCGCCUGCGAAGGAAGCUCAGUGACAUCAAACCAUUCUCUGACAUAACGUGUGUCACUUUAUAGA